AUGGCCACCAAGCGCGACUACGACGACGUCGACGAUGGCGAGGUCACCGACGAUGACCCGAGCGCCAAGCGCGCGAGGAAGCACACGGGUGCGCAGCGCCUGCACCAGCACCAGAACGCGGCCAUAGAUCCGACCUGGGGACAGAAAUAUGUCUUCUCCAAUAUCAGCGAAAUGUCUACCAUUCCGUACGGCGAGGAGUCGGACUUUGAGGACGAUGCGGAUGCGAUGGCCUACUUGCGGUCGGUCAGGGAGCAAGCGCUUGGCAUCCCUCACAUGCUCGUGGCUCCAAAGAAACAGAUUGGCCCCCAACUACCGCCCGAGCUGCGACAGGCAAGCGAGGAAGCCCGCAAUGACGAUGGCGACGGCGACGGCGAAGACGAGGACGAACCAGCACAGGCCGAUUACGGCGAGUACCAAAGCGGCGCCGAGGCCAGGGGCUGGUACGAGGACGGCGCAUACAUUGCCCAAGCCGAGUCAGAAAGCUACGGGCAGCCUGGUGACGAGGGUGAUUCCGAAAGGGAGCUCCAUCAAGCAUACUAUGCGUCCAUCCUAGCUCGUUACCGCCGACUACGGUCUACCCUUCACGCAGAACCCCCGACCAGCGCGGCGCGGCGCCUACCCUCCGGCCGCCCAACCACCGCCGCGCCCCUCGACGGCAAGUCGACAACCCACAAGACCUGGUCCGCCGCCAUGCGCAACACGGACCCUCACCCGCUGCAGCUCGCCCUCAUGUCCAAAGACUCGGUCAUCCGCGUCCUACGCGUGCUCCUCGGUGGGCGGUUCCUGCGCCUCGGAUACACGCUCUCUGAGCGCACUAGCCAAUGGGUAUGGGCCCUGCUCGCGCGGCUGCCGGAACCGUGGGAGCUGGACCACACGGAGAUUGGCUGGGUGCGCGACCUGGGACGCCGUGCGAUACUGCUCGGCCGGAGCCUUGCGGAGAUGGCGGCCUUGCGGGACGAUCUAGAGGAGGGCCAGCUGGGGGUGCACGAAAUGGUCGACCAAAGCAGUAGCGUCGAGCUGGGCACGGAUGCAUACGUCGGCUACGGCGUGGAUAGCGCAGACUCUGACGCUGCCGAUGGCCCAAGGCAAAAGGACAAGGAAAUGCAAGAAACCAAACAAGUCGAAGAGAAUGAUGAUGACACAAAAGAGGUCGAGUCCGAAGAGGAAGGCCAAAUCUCGGACGACGACAAUGGCGACGCCGCGUCUGUCGCCAUGGAUCUCUCAUCGGGCUCCGAGGAUGGGGAGGUGGCGCCCUCGGUACAGGCUCCGGAUGACGGCCACGCUGCCCUCGAAGCUGCCAAGCAAGCGUUCUUGGCCCGCCUCGAGGGUGAUGCGACGGUCGAUGCGCCAGAGGAUGAGUCUGAGGAGGCGCAAGAGGCGGCCAGGCUGCGUCUGCGCAUCAAUAUGCGCGCGACGCUCGACAUGAUUCUCACCGUGGCGGGCGAGUUUUACGGCCAGCGGGAUCUGCUGGACUUUCGGCAGCCCUUUGUGGGCAUGUGA